AUUGACUCUCAGGUACGGAAAAUCCAUCAAGAGAAGAAGCUUGAGUUGCUUGUGGACAAGGAUCUGAUGAGCAACUAUGACAGGAUUGAGCUUGAGGAAAUUGUUCAAGUGGCACUCUUGUGCACACAAUAUCUUCCCGGCCACAGGCCUAGAAUGUCAGAAGUUGUACGCAUGCUUGAAGGUGAUGGUCUUGCAGAGAAAUGGGAAGCUUCUCAAAGUGCUGACAACAGCAAAUGCAACAAACCACAUGAACUCUCUUCAUCAGAUAGGUAUUCUGACCUCACUGAUGACUCUUCUUUGUUGGUCCAAGCAAUGGAACUCUCAGGCCCCAGGUGAAUUUUUCAUACUCAUUUUUAGCUCUUUUACAUUCACGUUGCUUUUUCUUUCUCAUUUGGGUUUCUAGCUUCCUAAAGAAAGUAUAUGAAAUUCAACAACUUGUGAUCACUGAGUCCAUUUAUAUGUUGUAUGAUAGAAGAAGCCUUCAAAGCUGAAAAGGGCUUUUCUUUUUGUUUUGCUUUUUCAAAUGUAUAUAUGCUUAUUUGUUAAAGAUGAAUUUGUAGUGCAAAGUUUUGUAAAGUUAAGAGAAAUUAAAUGCCAGGUUUUCAGUGAA